UUCUCUCUGUGUCGAAAAAAAAAAAAAAGCACCGUGCGGUUCACAGCGAUGUCAGUCCAGGCUGUGGCAGCGAAAAUGGCUGAGGUCGAAUUAAAAGACGUGGCCGGUAAAGACGCUUCCCCCGCCAUAUCUCCGCUGACACCGAAGGCAGAGGAGAAGAAGAGUGAAAAUAACUCAAGUUCGUCGACAGCAGCGGCGUUGGAGCCGAGCCCGGUGACCACCGCUCCGAACCCCGUGAAGAUGCCGCAGGCGUCCGCGAUGAAGCGGUCGGAUCCGCAGCAGAACGGCGGCGAGGCGUUUAUCAACUGCGACGGCACCGUGGCCGAGGCACCGCGAAUGAAAAAGAUCCAGUUUGCAGACCAGAAGCUGGAGUUCAACAAACGUCCCACCAAGAUCGGCCGCAGGUCUUUGUCUCGCUCCAUCUCACAGUCUUCUACAGACAGUUACAGCUCAGCUGCCUCAUACACUGACAGCUCCGAUGAUGAAACCUCUCCCCGUGACAAACAGCAGAAGAACUCGAAGGGCAAUGCAGACUUCUGCAUCAAGAACAUCAAGCAGGCCGACUUCGGACGCAGGGAGAUUGAGAUUGCCGAGCAAGAGAUGCCUGCUCUCAUGGCUUUGAGGAAGAGAGCCCAGGGAGAGAAGCCAUUGGCUGGAGCCAAAAUUGUGGGUUGCACCCACAUCACUGCUCAGACUGCUGUGUUGAUGGAGACCCUCUCUGCUCUGGGCGCUCAGUGCAGGUGGGCCGCCUGUAACAUCUACUCCACUCAAAACGAGGUAGCAGCCGCUCUGGCCGAGGGAGGUUUCUCAGUGUUUGCCUGGAAGGGCGAAUCGGAGGAUGAUUUCUGGUGGUGUAUCGAUCGCUGUGUUAACGUGGAAGGCUGGCAGCCCAACAUGAUUUUAGAUGAUGGAGGAGAUUUGACUCACUGGAUCUAUAAGAAAUAUCCCAACAUGUUCAAAAAGAUCAAAGGCAUCGUAGAGGAGAGCGUGACUGGAGUUCACAGGCUUUACCAGCUGUCAAAGGCUGGUAAGUUGUGUGUUCCCGCAAUGAAUGUUAACGAUUCAGUGACCAAGCAGAAGUUUGACAACCUCUACUGCUGCCGGGAGUCCAUCUUGGAUGGUCUAAAGAGGACCACAGAUGUGAUGUUUGGAGGGAAGCAGGUGGUGGUGUGUGGAUAUGGAGAGGUUGGAAAAGGCUGCAGUGCUGCUCUCAAAGCGAUGGGCUCCAUCGUCUACGUCACUGAGAUCGACCCCAUCUGUGCCCUACAGGCCUGCAUGGAUGGCUUCAGGCUGGUAAAACUGAACGAAGUCAUCCGACAAGUCGACAUUGUCAUCACCUGCACAGGCAAUAAAAACGUGGUAGUACGAGAGUACAUGGAUCGCAUGAAGAACGGCUGUAUUGUCUGCAACAUGGGCCACUCCAACACUGAGAUCGAUGUGGCCAGUCUGCGAACCCCUGAACUGACCUGGGAGCGGGUGAGGUCACAGGUGGAUCAUGUGAUCUGGCCGGAUGGAAAGAGAAUAGUUCUGCUGGCAGAGGGUCGCCUCCUAAACCUGAGCUGCUCCACUGUUCCUACCUUUGUGCUGUCCAUCACUGCUACUACCCAGGCACUGGCUCUGAUAGAGCUGUACAAUGCUCCAGAAGGCCGCUACAAACAGGACGUCUACCUGCUGCCUAAAAAAAUGGAUGAGUACGUGGCCAGCCUUCAUCUCCCUACUUUUGAUGCACAUUUGACUGAACUGUCUGAUGAACAGGCCAAAUACCUCGGCCUGAACAAGAACGGACCCUUUAAGCCAAACUACUACAGGUACUAGACCCAUUCCCCGGUGGGAAACGAAGACUAAAGAAAUUACCAAGACUCCAUAAUUUCAUACAGACUAAGAGCUGUGUGUCACAGCCUGCAUUUGGAGGGGAGGGAGAAGCCCUGAUCUGAUUGGUUGGGUGUGAAGGGCGUGGCUAAUUAUCGCUACGGCAGUGUUUAUUUAUUUUAUGCUAGAAUAACAUAGCUAACCUUUUAUGAGCUGCUACUGCCAGUGGCGAACCUAGCAACGUUUCCAUGGAAAUUUCGCCAUUUCAUCUUUUCUUAGCUUCAUAUGUUAGUUGUACGUAAUCCAUUUAGAGAUCUUUUAUUGUUUAAUUAAAGUUCCGGUAAAGAUGAAAAAAACAAUGUCCAAUCAUACCUGAUGA